AUGCUUUCGAAGUUGCACACAAUUUGGACAAAAACUCAAGCGGCCGAGGGGUUCGCCAGUUCAAGACUUCCCUUCUUCAAAGGCUUGAACAGGAAAAGGAGGGAAAAAAGCGAUUUACGCGAGCUUCGCCGUGUGUAUCGGGUGUACAAGGACUAUAUCAUCAAACAUGGUGGAGAAUAUACACAAGAAACAAGAGAGAAGCUGAUGAAAGCACGCGCGAUUGCAUCCGUUUUGUUCGAAGUACUUAGUACAGUUACCUCUGCAGCAGGUUCUCAGGCUCUUGCUGAUGCUGAUCACUCGAGGUCCGAAUUUUAUGUGCCGUAUAACAUUCUUCCUCUCGAUCAAGGAGGAGUUCAUCAGGCGAUAAUGCAGCUUCCUGAGAUAAAAUGUGCAAUAGCUGCUGUUCGUAACGUUCGAGGAUUGCCUUUCUUGGACGAUUUCAAAAGCCGCCAGGCGUACAUCGAUUUGUUCGAUUGGCUUCAAUUUUGCUUCGAAUUUCAGAAAGGAAAUGUGGCCAACCAGAGGGAGCAUUUAAUCCUCCUGCUGGCUAAUACACAUGUUCGAAAAGCUCACAAACAAACACGAAAGUUAGAAGAUGGAGCUGUGGAUGAGCUUAUGAAGAAAUUCUUCAAGAACUACACGGAUUGGUGCAAGUUUCUCGGUAGAAAAAGCAACAUUCGGUUGCCGUAUUUAAAACAGGAAGCCCAACAGUAUAAACUUCUGUAUAUAGCGCUUUAUCUCUUGAUAUGGGGAGAGGCUGCAAACUUAAGGUUUAUGCCGGAAUGUCUUUGUUAUAUAUUUCACCAUAUGGCAAGUGAACUUCACGGCAUGUUAACUGGUGCUGUAAGUUUAACGACUGGAGAAAUAGUGAAGCCAGCAUAUGGAGGAAAACCCGAGGCUUUCUUAACUGAUGUUGUUUGUCCGAUAUACGAAGUUAUUUGUCAGGAAGCUAUGAAAAACAGAAAUGGGACAACCGAUCACUCGACGUGGAGGAACUAUGAUGACUUGAAUGAAUUUUUCUGGUCUCCCGAGUGCUUCGAGUUGGGUUGGCCCAUGAAUUCGAAUCACGAUUUCUUUUUUGUCGACACUUCGAAAGAUGACAAAGAGAAGAGAACUCGAACACCAAACAGAAGUCGUGAAGAAGAGAAAGAUGAAAACGUUAGAGAUGUGGAAAUGGGAGCCAAUGUUGUUAAACCCCAAGAACCAAAAUGGCUCGGCAAGACGAAUUUUUCCGAGAUCCGUUCAUUUUGGCAGGUUUUCAGAAGCUUUGAUAGAAUGUGGAGCUUCCUUAUUUUAUCCCUGCAGGCAAUGAUAAUUAUGGCCUCACAUGAAUUGGACUCUCCUUUAAAACUGCUCGACACGACUGUACUCGAAGAUGUCAUGAGCAUUUUCAUAACAUCAGCUGUACUUAAACUCAUCCAAGCAAUUCUUGAUGUAGCCUUCAAAUGGAAAACGAGACGCUUGAUGGACUCCACUCACCGUAAAAAAGAUUUGCUCAAGAUAAUCGAGGCGAUUAUGUGGACCAUUGUUCUUCCUAUUUAUUACUCGACUUCUAGAAGAAAGUAUACGUGUUACUCUACGCAAGAUGAUAAUUGGAUAAAGGAAUGUUGGAAAAUAUAUCGAGACUUCUAA